AUGAGCACAAACGUUGCAUCUACAGAGGAUACUAGCCCACCACAGAGUCCUUUAACAGCCACAUCCAGCCCGCUUUCGGAACCUCCAGAUGAUUCGGAAUGCAAAGAUGCGAACGGAAAGACCAGAUUGCGGAGAAGUACGAGGACAGGGUCACAGGAACAAUCUACCAAAGCACCGAGAAAGAAUACUCCCACCGUUGCCUUGCCUUCACCGGUGACGCCUCCUGUUUUUUACGACAAGGAGAAGCCAGAUAUGAAGAUAGGAACACCCGAGGUACGGAAUAACAAUCUCCAAGUUGUCAACACCUCUUCGCCAACCAUUUAUCGGGAACAGCAAAAUUGUGAAAUAUGCCACAAGAAGAACCGCGGCGAAGAAAUGCUGCUAUGCGAUGGAUGCGACUGUGGGUUCCACAUGUUUUGUCUUGAUCCACCUUUGGACAGCAUUCCAAAGGACCAAUGGUUUUGCUAUACAUGUCUGUCUGGGACAGGUGGUGAUUUUGGUUUUGAUGAAGGCGAAGAGCACAGCCUUUCGAGUUUUCAUGCUCGCGACAAGGAAUUCCGGCGUUUAUGGUUUGAGUCACACCCACCGCCCGGUUCUGACCGUCCACCUGCUGAAGGCGACAUAACAAGGACUCGUAUUGGCAACAUUACUGUUUCUGAACAUGAUGUUGAAAGAGAGUUUUGGCGUCUAGUGCAGUCUCCUCAUGAAACUGUAGAAAUAGAAUAUGGGGCAGAUGUCCAUUCUACAACUCACGGAAGUGCCAUGCCCACUUUAGAAACUCAUCCUUUGGACGCAUACUCGAAGGACCCAUGGAACCUUAAUAACAUACCCAUUCUUCCGGACUCCCUUCUGCGCUUCAUUAAGUCUGAUAUCUCCGGUAUGACAGUCCCAUGGACGUAUGUUGGUAUGGCAUUUUCCACAUUCUGCUGGCACAAUGAGGAUCAUUAUACCUACAGCAUCAAUUAUAUGCACUGGGGCGAAACCAAGACAUGGUAUGGUAUUCCUGGCGAAGAUGCAGAAAAAUUCGAGGCAGCAAUCAAGUCAGAGGCACCCGAUUUAUUUGAAGCACAACCUGAUCUCCUAUUCCAACUGGUUACCCUCAUGAAUCCUGAGCUCGUCACCAAAGCAGGAGUCCGUGUUUACGCAUGCAAUCAACGACCAAGAGAGUUUGUGAUUACUUUCCCCAAAGCCUAUCAUGCUGGUUUUAAUCAUGGGUUGAACUUCAAUGAGGCUGUCAACUUCGCAUUGCCGGACUGGCUACCUUUGGGGCGCGAUUGUGUCCAAAGAUAUCGAGAGCAUCGCAAGCUCCCUGUAUUUUCGCAUGACGAACUUCUUGUCACAAUUACCCAACAAUCCCAGUCAAUCAAGACUGCAAUGUGGUUGAUUGACAGUCUUAAAGAAAUGACGGAUCGAGAAAUGGCUGAUCGCCAGAGGGCGCAAACAGCCGGUCUCGCCACCGUUCUGGAGGAAGAAGAUCGUCCAGAAGACCAAUAUCAGUGUCAUAUAUGCAAAGUGUUUUGCUACCUUUCCCAAGUUACCUGUCCGUGUUCCACAAAGGUGGUAUGUGUUGAUCAUCUAGACUUACUCUGCGAUAAUCGGUCUCCCCACCACCUUACGCUUCGUAAACGUUUUUCGGACGAAGAGCUUCAGGACACGUAUAACAAAUUUGCCGAGCGAGCUGGUGUACCGUCGGCAUGGCAAGCAAAACUUUCGAAGCUUCUUUCUGAAAGCGCGCGCCCGGCCUUACGUUCUCUUCGGGCGCUCUUGGCUGAGGGCGAUCGCAUAAAUUAUCCGCUACCUGAAAUGUCGAGUCUCCGCAAGUGUGUUACUCGGGCUAACGAGUGGGUUGAUUCUGCGAAUUCUUUUAUUAUCCGAAAGCAAAGUAGAAAGCGGGCAGCACGUCGGUCGAAAGGUAGGAUGUCUGGCACUGAAGGCAUGCUCACCUCGAUAGAUGAUCCCGGAGACAGACCGGAUCGAGGCUUGGAUGACCUGUACGGCUUAUUGCGAGAAGUCGAAAAUUUAGGCUUUGACUCUCCUGAAAUCGGUGUCCUUCGUACUCUGGCUCAACACGCCGAAGAAACUAAAACGAAGGCGGCCGCUCUACUAAACACGCCUCGCUCGGAACAGGAUAGCGAAGACUUUUUGCAGGAAUGUAAACGUCUACUCAUACAUGGCUCAUCAAUCAAUGUUCUUCUGGAGGAGCUCAUUGAAGUAGAGAAAUUCGUAGAACGUGCACAGCUAAAUGCCGAUUUGGAAGAGAAACUGGACGAUAAUGACGCCAAUGUCACUUUGGAAGAAGUACGACAGUUUUUGACACGUGCGCGUGCUUGUGGAUUACCCAGCGAUAACAAAUACAUGCAAAUGCUAGACGCCAGGCAGAGAGAAGGAGAUGAUUGGGAAACCCGGGCAAGGAAAGUUCUUGAUCAGCCAGUAAAGACUAUCGACGAUUUGGAUGUGUUUGCCAAUAUGGACCCAAGCAUUCCAAUCGACGAUUCUGUACUCAGCCGCUUAAUGACCGCACGUGCCAAAGCCAUCGACUUUGAAAAACAGGCAAAAGCGUGGCUUGAGUGCGAGCCGAAUGGUGUCAAAGCAAGGUUACCGGAUGUCUUGCGAUUGACUAGUCGCGCCUCCAAAGACUUCAACAUCUAUUCCGUUCAACUUUUGAAGCGAAGCGCGGAUAUUGCGUCUGACUUGGAGGCACGGUGCGAAAGCGUACUACGAAAUCGAUAUCCCAUUACUCCUAAGGAGGAUGUAUUCGAGGCCAUUGAAAAAUGGAAGGAAUAUGCUCAACAACAUCUCAAUAUGUUUUCACUCCCUACAUUCGAGAAACUCGAAGAACAACUGCGGGCACACGAAAAUUGGGUCAAAGAGAUACCGUGGUAUUGCUCGGAACACAAGAAGACGCACUACGAAUCAGUCUUGGAGGAUGUAUUGGAGAACACUCGACCCGAAGAUGACCUUCCACCUGCAGAUGAAUUUUUUACAUGUAUUUGCAACAUGCCGGUAAGGCCCCCACCAAAUGGUGGGGUAUCAGAUGCAGUGCAAUGCGACCACUGCUUUGCAAGGUUCCACGGCGAGUGUGCGAAGAAUGGUGGUUCUUGUCCGUUUUGCGAUCAUCAUCACUGGAACGGUGCUAUUCACAAACAACGGAAUUUCCAUUUUUGCUUCCUCCCAACUAUCCUCAAUAAUGCUCCAGACAUUUCGAAGAAUUAUUCUGAUGACUACAAGAAGUUGGAAAUUAUUGUUCACCGCGUUGACCGACUUUCGGCAGUUAUCGCCCAAUUUUUAUCUUACACCUCUGUUUCUGAAAACCAGAGGCCGGAAUACAUUUCUCAAGUGCGCCAUUAUAUGCGCAAGCUGUACAAAAUCCAAUUCGCUGUUUCACCCAACCCUGACAUAUCGUUUGGACUUGAUCUCGCUGGUCUGCAUCGUAUCCUUGCUGGUCGGCCACCCUUGACGCGUCCAAAGAAACGGCGAAGACCUCGUUUUACCUUUGGGCAGGACAUCGAUGCAGAUGCUCCAGACCAUACUAGAUGCAUUUGCCGAGGGAAAAAUAGGUAUUUAAUGGGAUAUCCGACGGUUGAAUGCAAUACCUGCGGCAAAAUUUAUCACAAUGGAUGCGUCUUCUUCCAACCGGCUGCAGACAAGACAGAAGACACAUCUGCAUUCAUAUGCCCUCUUUGUUGCUUGCGUAAAGGCAGAAGCUACCAAUAUUCUGACGUUAGAGUCGUUGCCUCAGAGUCCCUCUUUAACGAAAAGCCGAAGAUGGACAUGUAUGUGGAUGUCAAGGCAAUGCUUGAAACCUAUAGCAAGGUGGUCAUUCUGAAGCAACUUCCCAACCCUCAAAUGCACACUGUUUUUGUGGAACUCAUCAAUUUCCAGCCCGGGCUUGAUUUGCCAACUGCGACUUCCAGUCACCCCGUUUCCCGCCCUUCUCAGCAGAUAGUUACUCAUCACCCUAUACCAACAAUGUCGUUGUCUCACCCUCCUAACGGCAAUGGAAUAGUGUCUCACCAUCAUUACAACCCCCAUCCACUCACUGCAAUUCAGCAUUCACCGCCUCCUUCUAUGAAUGCAUUUAACCCUGCAGCCUGGACACAAACCAGCCAAUUCGUACCCCCACCCCCACCAUGGUCUCGAUGGGCCACAAUGUCGACUCCAGCUAUGCCACCGUCAACGCAGCGGCGGGGUGGAAAUAGUAACGGCAACGGUGAGUCAUCACGUUUGCAUGGGACGCCCCAGCCAGGUCCCUCUUCUGCAUCUGUGCCUCCACGGAAACGAAAGCACAUAGACGAAUCUCCGCAUUUGCCAAAUGCAUCAAACCACCAAAGUGAAGAAGACCUUCGACCGACCAGUUCAGCACUCCCGAUGAAGAGGCAUGCGGGCCCUACGCUUACACCUACCCCAAUGUCUCCCCCGCGACCCGUUCAGACGUUGUCGCCUUCGCUAGCGAUGAUCGUGUCGCCUACUAAUCAGGCUGUGCAGGUGCAUUCCUCCCCUGGUGCUCGGGCAACCACCCAACUGCCGUCUCUUAGAAAUGGGGCCAAUGGUUCGCCUUUGUCUGUACAAAUACCACCAGUCCGCUUGCGCUAG